AUGCAGCCGAAGCAGCAGCAGCAGCAGCAGCAACCGCAACCACAACGCACGGCUGCCGCAGCAGCGGAGACAAUGCACGGGUCCAUUCGAGCGCACCGCGGUGUAGCUGCUGAUGGUGCAGCAGCUGCAGCACAAACUGCAGCAGCAGCCACAGCAAGUGCAGCAGCGCGGGGCGGUGCUGCGCAUGCAGCAGGGGAGGGCCUUGAAGAGACGCUGCAGAAGCUCAAAGGACUGCAGCAGCAGCUGGCAGCAUGGACUGUCCGCGACGGUGCCCACGCUGCUGAUGAGACGCAUACUGCAGCAGCUGCUGCAGCAGGAGCUUACCCUGCUUCCUUUAAAACUGAAGGGGCUAGUGAACAAACCCCUGUUUCUGCUGCUGCUAUGCAGCAGCAAGGCAGCAGGGCCAGCAGCAGCUCCCAUACAACGGGGCCGAUUCCUCCAGCAGCAGCAGCAUCAGCAAGUGCUGCUGCUGCUGCUGCUGCUGCUUCUCUGCCCCAUUGGGCCGGCGGCAGCGCUGUGAGCUCUCGGGAUCCCACUGACCGGAAGCUGCAUGCAGUGUUGCUGCAGCAGCAGCAGCAGCAGGGUGCAGCAAGCUGCUGCGGAAGCAGCAGCUGCCGCCUUAGUGACAGCAGCACUUGUGCUGAUGACCCCUGCAGCAACAACGGCCGGAGGCGCAGCAUCGACAGCUUUUCUAGCGAGAGCAGCAGCAGCAACCCCGAGAGCAGCAGCAGCAGCGGCAUGAGCUGCGCCGCCGUCCAGCAGCAGCAGCACUUGCUGCUGCAUCAUCAGCAACCACACCUGCAGCAGCGCCAGCAGCAGCUGCACAUGCCUUCAGCAGCAGAAGGGUGUGGGCCGACGACAGCGCCUGCUGCUGCCUUCUCUUUGCUUUCAAGCUGCAAAGGCGCGCAGCAGCAGCAGCAGCAGGGAAAGCCGCAGCAGCUCCAGACACAGCAGCACAUGCCCCGGGAGGAGCAGCAACAACACCAGCAGGCAGGAAGGAUAGGGGGCAGCAGCAGCAACAGCAACAGCAGCAGCAGCAGCAACAGCAGCAGCAGCAGCAGCAGCGACUUCGUAUUAGGGGGGCUGUUCGAUCGAUUUGCUGCUGCCAAUAUGCACAAGGCAGCAGCAGCGGCUUCAGGUGCUCCGAAGCUACCCUCACGUACCGCUGACGCUCCACAGCAGCAGCAGCAGCAGCAGCAGCAGGAAGCCCCGCAUCAGCCGCCGGUCUCUCGCUGCAGCACGGCUACUUCAUCACCAUGCAACGCAUCAAGGAGAGCCGCGGCAGCAGCUGCAGCAGCAGCAGCAGCAGCAGGCCAAGAGGGCGGUAGCACGGAGUCGGACGCGCACCCGCUGGCUCAUCCUCCGCUAGGUCUGAGCAGAAGCAACAGCAGCAGCAUUAACAGCAGCAGCAGCAGCAGCACAAGCAGCAAUGGCACAGUUUACCCUGAUAGGGGGGUAAAGAGAGACAGACAGGCGUAUAGCGGCCGCUUUGCUGUUGCUACCUUCGUGCAGCAGCAGCAACUGCAGCAGCAGCAGCAGUCCCCUGCCUACUCUUUCGAGAGAGUUGCAUCCUCUCCCGACUCAACAGCAGCAGCUGCUGCAGCAGCAGCAGGAAUGCCUGCAGCAUCAACAGCAGCAGCAGCAGCAGCAGCGCUGAGCUUGAGUGGAAGGAGCCGCCGAAUGCAGUCAUUUAGCGGCAACCGUGACUUGAGCAGCAGCAGCAGCAGCAACAGCAACAGCAACAGCAGCAACUGGGGUCCUGUUGGCGGGCCAUUUUCCAUUGGCAGCAGCGACAGCAGCAGCAGCAGCAACUUUCAUAGCCCGAGCCGGCGUCAUAGCGCCAGCCGGGGGGGCAGCAGCAGCAACAGCAGCGGCAGCAAUACGUCUGCACUUUCAUUUCGCUUCAACGGCGAAGCCUUUCCCUCAGCUGCAGCAGCUGCAGCAGCAGCAGCUGCAGGAGAGGAUUACUACGGGGCUUCUUCUUUAGGGGCACCCCCAAGGAGCGCAGCAGCAGCUGCUGCAGCAGCAGCAGGAAUGCGAGGUGCAGCACACAUACAAGGCCCGUGCUCGUUCAGAGAGUCCGCUGCUGCUAACUGGCCUACGCAUAUCACUGGGCAGCAGCAGCAGCAGCAACAGCAGCAGCUGCUGCUCCAGCAACAGUGGCAGAACCCGAACUACCACCAAGCGCAGCAGCAGCAGCAGAAGCAGCAGCCCUCCUGCGAGGUGCUGACACCUGUUGGGCCUGCAGCAGCUGCUGCUUCACUGCAGGACUGCCUUCGAGGGCCGCUGCGGGAGGGUGCUCUUGCUGCAGCAACACCUUCAGCAGCAGCAGCAGCAGCAACACCAGCAGCAGCAGCCAGAGCAGCAGCCGGCGCGGGAUCGCGCGGAGCAGCAAAUGCGCCCUCUGUCUCCCCAGCGGGAGCAGCAGGUGCAGCACCGAGAGCAGCAGCAGCAGCAGCAGCAGCAGCAGCUACGGGAAGUGAAGACAGCGGCGAAGCACUGCCUUGCGUAGGGGGGUUAGGCUUACCUGAUAUUGCUUCUUGCAUCUUAGGAGGCCCGCAGCAGCUGGCUGCGUUAUCGUUGCAGCAUCAGCAGCAGCAGCAGCAGCAGCUUGACGAACAGCAGCAGGACGGCUUCUUGCAAUUCAUGCGGGAGCAUCCAGGCGAAGCCCAGCGCAUGUGGGCGCUGCAGCAGAGGAGCGGCAGCAGCAGCAGCAGCAACAGCAGCAACGCCAACAAUAACAGCCGCAGCAGCAGCAGCAGCAGCAGCAACCCCCACGCUCCCCAACCCCUCAGCAGCUCCUGCGGCCCAUGGUAUCCUUCAGCCAGGCCCUUCGGCGUCUCAGGGAGUGAGACAGCAGCAGCAGCUGCAGCUGCAGCAGCUGCUGCUGCUGCUUCGUGCUCGUCUUCUGUCAUGAUGGAAGCAUUUGCUGGAGUCCGCUCGACUCCAAGUGCAGCAGAGUCCCCGGGGCUGCAGCAGCAGUUGCAGCAGCAGCUGCAGCAGCAGCAACUGCAGCAGCAGCUGCAACAGCAGUUGCAGCAGCAACAGCAGCAGCAGCUUCUGCUGCAGCAGCAACGAGAAUGUUUUCCUGGCGUUUGCCAGUAUCCAGGAAGCCAUCACCAACCUGAUACAGCAGCAGCAGCAGCAGGUGCUGUUGCUGCUGCGAGUCUGCUGCGCGGCGAGGGUUGCUACUGUUGGCAGUGCGCUUCGCAGCCGCAGCAGCAGCAGCAGCUGCAACAGCAGCAGCAGCUGCUGCACCAGACUCACCCAGUGUACGCAAUUUUGCGCGUCAUUCCAUCUGAGAUUCAGGUCUGUCAACUGCAGUGGUGCUGGGGAGGUGAAUUGGCCCCCGGUUCGCAGCAGCAGCAGCCGCAGCAGCAGCAGCAGCAGCAGCAGGACAAGGAGUACGGGCACGCAGGCAUGCAGCAGCAGGGCCUGUCUCCUAGUUCCUUCAGCUACACAGCUGCAGGGCAGCAGCAGGAGCAGCAGCUGCAGCAAGAAAUGGUUUGCUAUGGAGGCGCUUCUAUCUGUGCGCCUCCAUGUACCCUCAACGAUAGGCCAGGCAGCUUCGGCAGGAGCAGCAGCAGCAACGGCGAAGCAGCAGCAGCAGCAGCAGCAGGAGCUUCUGCUCCCCCGGUGCUGCUCCGCUGCCACAGGGGAGAAAGCGUGGAGGUGUAUUUACACCACAAAAGCGGGUGGCUCUUCGGCAGCAUCCAUGGACAGCCACACAGGAAGGGCUGGUUCCCCUACUAUCUUUUGCAUGAUCCUAUGCGCUGGGCGCUGUCUCCUUCGAGUUCAGCAGCGCCUAGCAGCGGCAGCAACAGCAGCAACGGCAGCAACAGCAACAGCAGCAGCAGCAUGAGCAGGCGCGGAGACUCCAGCGCUUUCGGCGCGCUUGUUGCUUGA